AUUUUGAUCAUCAUUUUUCAUAACCAUUUUCUCAUUUCUCACAUACCAUAAAAUCUCUGAAACUUUUCGAUCAUCCAAGAAUGCUUGCAGUUUUUGACAAAUCUGUGGCUAAAAGCCCAGAAGCCCUUCAAAGUCCUAACAAUGAUGGUGCAGUUUCAGCACUGAAAGAUGGUUUUUUGGCACAGCAUUUCUCCUCUGCCCAUUCUGGUUCAGUUACCAUCAACCUUGGUUCUUCUGGAUUCUUGGCUUAUUCAUCUGAACGCCAAAACCCUCUACUUCCCAGGUUGUUUGCUGUUGUGGAUGACAUUUUCUGCAUGUUUCAAGGCCACAUCGAGAAUGUAGCACAUCUUAAGCAACAGUAUGGGUUAAACAAGACUGCAAAUGAAGUGAUCAUUGUUAUUGAGGCUUACAGGACUUUGAGGGAUAGAGGUCCUUAUCCUCCAGAUCAGGUUGUGAAGGAUAUUCAUGGAAAGUUUGCAUUUGUUCUUUAUGAUAGCGCUUCAAAGAGUGCCUUUCUAGCUUCUGAUGUUGAUGGCAGUGUGCCCUUCUUCUGGGGUACCGAUUCUGAAGGCCACCUAGUUCUCUCUGAUGAUGCUGACAUUGUGAAGCAAGGCUGUGGGAAAUCCUUUGCACCAUUUCCCAAAGGGUGCUUUUUCACAUCUUCUGGUGGCUUGAGGAGUUUUGAGCAUCCACGCAAUGAGUUGAAACCAGUACCUAGGGUGGACAGCUCGGGUGAGGUGUGUGGUGCAAAUUUUAAGGUGGACUCAGAGUCUAAGAAAGUGGAUUCAGGCAUGCCCAGAGUGGGUAGUGCUGCUAACUGGUCGCAACACUACUAAGCUGACUGCUGUUCUCAUCACCAUGAAGGCUUCGUUAUUAGUUGGCCUUCUAUCUGUUAUUGCCAACUCGUUCUGCUAUCAACUAGUUGAUAACUUCUCUAUUGCAAUGGGUUUUUUUAUGGUUUGUAGAGAAAUGUUAAAAAGUGAGGAAAGAUAUUUUAUAUGACUUUCCAAUGCAUGUGAAUCUCUUUGUGUCGUACACUGAAGUAAGCCAUUUUCUUGGCUGGAAGACACUCUAAAUAACAGUCUUUGAUACAGGGGUUUUGCUCAUCUUGUAUGCGUAUUUGGUGCUUCCAUUUUCCUGUUA